UCGUGGGUGCCCAGGGAGCUGAGUGUGGGCUGGCGGCGCAGGCGCACUGGCGGCCCGUAGGGUCGGCGCGCCUGCGCAGUCGCUCUUCCUUGGGCGGCCGCCAUGGCGGGACAAGAGGAUCCGGUGCAGCGGGAGAUCCACCAGGACUGGGCGAACCGGGAGUACAUUGAGGUCAUCACCAGCAGCAUCAAGAAAAUCGCAGACUUUCUCAACUCGUUCGAUAUGUCUUGUCGUUCAAGACUCGCAACACUAAACGAAAAAUUGACAGCCCUUGAACGAAGAAUAGAAUACAUUGAAGCACGGGUGACAAAAGGUGAGACGCUCACCUAGAACUGUGCCAUGCUGCUGCUGGGAAGUUGCUUUAUGGAACACAGGCCAUGUGGGAAAGAGCCCAGCAGCCUUCAGCUCCUUCCUCUCUCCUUAAAGAGCAACAGGGCUUAUUCUUGUUUUUAUGUUUUCAAAAGUGUGGCCUUUGGGCUCUGCCAUGUACAUCUGGGGGUGUGUUGUGGCAUGUGGGGAGAAGUCCAGGGGGAUUCUUGGAAACAGCAUUAGGAAUUUUACCUUUUCAGUAACAUUUUAUAGAACUACUUGUCAAUGUAUUUCAGGCAUUCAGAGCCAUAAGCCUGGGACUGUUGGUGAAAGUAUUCCCCACCUCUCUCUUUCUCAGAUGUUCCUUAAAGUUCUCAUUGCCUCUGCACUGAUUCUAUAAAUAAUCUUUUUCCUCCUCACCUUUGGUGAGAGACGGGGCAGUCCUAGCCAAGACACUCAUGCCCUGGCAGUGUGGUUACCAGAGAAUGUUGUUGAUAACACACCAGUUUCUUGUCAUUUGGGGGAGGUUAGGGCCAGGCUCCCACUUGGUUAGAAGAGACAUUUUGAGAGUUUUCUUUAGGUCACUGGGAGUGUCUAUGCCUUUAUUUCUCUAAUAAACUCCUCAACUUUAUCUGACUGCUGUGAUUAUGGUGGGGAGAGGAGCUAGAAAUGGGCUUACUUAUUCCACAGAAAUGUGAUAUGUAGGAUUAUUAUCCUGACAUAAAACUUUCAGAUGUAGCUGUUUGAUUCAAAGCCUGGGUGGCUUACCAGCCCGAGUUCUCAUGUUUGGAGUUUCAGCUGACUAAGUCAUCCUGGGAAUCAUUUGGGCAUUCAGCACAUUUAUCAAGUACUUACUAUGUAGGCAUGUUAUACGCCAAUAAAAGUUCCAACGUUAAAUCA